AUGUUCAACAUCUCAGCCAUGACAUACAUUAGAUUGACUCUGAAUAACCUUUCAGGAAGUCUUCCACCUAGUAUCGGCCAUAUUCUACCUAAUCUAGAAACACUAAAUGUUGCACAUAAUCAUUUAACUGGAGUAAUUCCUGAUUCCAUCUCAAAUAUGACUAAGCUAGUUAUUUUGGAACUCAGCCUCAACCAUUUCACUGGUUCAAUUCCUAGAUCACUCGGCAGCUUGAAUGUCCUUGAAACUCUUGAUGUUGGAUCCAACCAAUUAACCACAGGGUACCCGCAAGAGAUGAGCAUUAUUUCAUCUUUGGUGAAUUGUGAAAGUUUAAGAGUUAUGAUAUUGGCACAUAAUCCUAUAAAAGGUAUUCUUCCCCGUACCAUAGCCAAUUUUUCCAAUUCUCUUAAAAAGUUCAUAACUAGUACUUGUGAACUAGAGGGUAGCAUUCCACCUGAAAUUGGUAAUCUGACUGGGCUGACGGAUCUGGAUCUUAGCAGCAAUUACCUCACCGGGCAAUUUCCAUUGGCAUUCGAAGGAUUAUCGAACCUUGAAGCGUUAGACCUUCAAAAUAAUGGGAUUUUAGGGUCCCUCCCACCUUAUCUUUGCAAUUUCAGGAGUUUAACUCUGUUAAACUUGACUGAAAAUAAAUUCUCGGGUCAACUUCCAGAUUGCUUUGGAAAUAUGACUUCUCUGAGAAAGCUUUAUUUGAGCUCCAACAGAUUGAAUUCCACCAUGCCUGCCGGCCUCGGGAACUUAAAAGAUCUGCUGUACCUAGAUGUACAUUCCAAUGCUUUAGGUGGAUAUUUACCUCAAGAAAUCGGAAAUUUGAAGGCUGCAAUAUCCAUAGACUUGUCAGGGAAUAAGUUUUCAGGAAAUAUCCCGACAACUGUUGGAAAUCUGCAGAACUUGAUUAACUUCUCAUUGGCACAUAAUGAAAUACAAGGAUCUAUUCCUGAGAUAGCAAGAAAGAUGGUGAACUUGGAAUCAUUGGAUCUAUCUCAAAAUAAUCUCACUGGAGAGAUUCCUGCAUCAUUGGUAUCACUCUUGCAGUUGAAGCAUUUUAAUGUGUCAUUCAACCACCUCCAUGGAAAAAUUCCAGCAAAUGGUUCUUUCCUCAAUUUCACGAUUGAAUCGUUUAUGUUCAAUGAAGCAUUAUGUGGUGGCCCUCCUCAACUGCGAUUCCCUCCUUGCCCCAACAAUUCUCCUAAAGCAUCCAGGACGAAAAAGUUCCCCAGAGUUGCAUACAUCUUGUUACCAAUUGCAUUCACAGUUUUUACAGUUAUUAUCAUCGUGUCGGUGCUCAUCAUGACAAGGCGUGGAAACAGAAAUCGUGCUCAAACAAAUCCACUCCCUCCGAGCACGCAUGAAAGAAUCCCGUACUACGACCUUGUUCAUGCAACUAAUGAUUUUGGUGAAAGCAACUUGAUUGCAAGUGGGAGCUAUGGUUCAGUUUACAAGGGGGUCCUUAGGGAUGGAAGUAUUCUGGCAAUAAAAGUUUUCAAUUUGCAGGUGGAAGGAGCAUUCAAAAGCUUCGAUGCAGAAUGUGAAGUCCUGCGGAAUAUUCGCCAUCGAAAUCUGGUGAAAGUUAUUAGCAGUUGCUCUAACCAUGAUUUUAGAGCUUUAGUCUUGGAGCACAUGCCUAAUGGAAGCCUUGAAAGGUGGUUGUACUCUCACAACUAUUUCUUGGAUUUCCUGCAAAGGCUGAAUAUAAUGAUAGAUGUAGCGACUGCAUUGGAUUAUCUCCACCAUGGCUACUCAUCAUCUAUCGUCCACUGUGAUCUAAAGCCCAGCAAUGUUCUUCUGGAUCAAAACCUGACCGGUCACGUGGGUGACUUUGGCAUUGCAAAGUUACUUAGUGGAGGUGAAAGUAAAGCAAUAACAAAUACACUUGCAACAAUUGGCUACAUAGCACCAGAGUAUGGAUCUGAGGGUAAGGUGUCGAGAGGUUGUGAUGUCUAUAGCUUUGGCAUUCUGUUGAUGGAAACAUUUUCAAGAAAGAAGCCGACUGAUGAAAUGUUCACAGAAGAUUGUGCAUUGAAGGACUGGGUAAGGCAUUUGCUGCAAAAUCCAGAACUGGAUCUAGUUGACCACAACUUGGUAACUCCCCCAGAUGAGAAUUCAAUAACAAUCGUCCAAUGUAUCUUCAAAGUCAUGGGAAUGGCGGUCACAUGCACAGUGGAAUCACCAGAGGAGAGGAUUGACAUAAAAGAUGCACUAAACGAACUCAGAAAUAUCAAAGUUCAAUUUCUCUCCAAGUGA